AUGAUUGCCUCCUCCCUCCCCCUCCGCUCCCUCUUCGUCCUCCCGUCCAGCGCCGCAUCCCGCUCCCGUCCCGGUCCCGCCACUGCCAUCCUCCUUCCCUUUCCAAGGAUCACCCUCAGCCGCCGCCGCUUGGCCGCCUCCGCGACUGAGAGCAGCAGCGAGGAAGAAGAAGCGGCGGCCGGGAGCACGAACGGAUCCCUCCCGGGCCUGUCCCCUGUCGAGGAGGAGGAGGAGGAGUUCUGCCCGGUGGACUGCGUGACGGAGUUCAAGACGGACAAAGAGUUCCAGCGCCACCUGGAGCGGUCCAAGGCCACGGGCGCGCUGGUGGUGGUGGACUUCUACCGGCCCUCCUGCGGCAGCUGCAAGUACAUUGAGAAGGGCUUCGUUCGCCUCUGCAAGAGCUCCGGCGACGACGGCGCUCCUGUCGUCUUCCUCAAGCACAACGUGAUCGACGACUACGACGAGCAGUCGGAGGUGGCGGACCGGCUGCGCAUCAAGAUCGUGCCGCUCUUCCACUUCUACAAGGACGGGGCGCUGGUGGAGUCAUUCGCGACGAGGGACAAGGAGAGGAUCCUCGCCGCCAUCCGGAAGUACACCUCGGCCGAGCAAGAACCUGAGUGA